GAAGGCAUCGGGGCUUUCGCAUUAAUAGUAUUCCGACAUGACAGAUACGACCGCGUCUCCCGAAGACCACUGGAAACAGACAGAUGGUGCUUUCAGCGACAGCGGCUUUGACCACAGUUUCUUUGCUGAAACUGCCAGAAAGGGAUCCGUUGUGUCCAGAGCCAACAGCAUUGGUUCGACAAGUGCCUCUUCAGUACCAAACACAGAUGAUGAAGACAGCGACUACAGACACGAGGCGUCAUAUAAAGACUCGUAUAAAGAUCGACGGAGACAAGCGCACACCCAGGCCGAGCAGAAGCGACGGGACGCAAUCAAGAAAGGCUACGACGACCUCCAGACAAUAGUGCCAACCUGCCAGCAGCAGUCUGAAUUUGCUGUGGGAGCGCAGAAGAUAAGCAAGGCGACUGUGCUGCAGAAAACGAUUGACUACAUCCAUUUUCUUCAUAAAGAAAAGAAGAAGCAAGAGGAGGAAGUUUCAGUAUUAAGGAAAGAAGUGAUGGCACUGAAGAUCAUGAAAGCGAACUAUGAGCAGAUAGUGAACGCCCAUCAGAACAACCCACAGCAGGGAGAGGAUCAGGUUUCUGACCAGGUCAAGUUCAGCAUAUUUCAGAGCAUCAUGGAUUCCCUGUUCCAGUCGUUCAGCAGUUCUGUGUCCAUGAACAGCUUCCAGGAACUUUCCGCCUGUGUUUUUAGCUGGAUCGAGGAGCACUGCAAACCACAGACACUGAGGGAGUUUGUGGUUGGAGUUCUGCGGCAGCUCAGCGGUCAGCUUUACUGAUGGGAGCGAAGCCUCUGGACUAAAACUCCCCUGCCUUGGACUUAUUCUGCGUCUCAGGGGUGGAGCAAAAACUGCUGUUGGCCUCAGGCCACACACCACAGCAUUUACUCGCAUCAUCUGCGAUCCCCCCCUCUCCCCCUCCUCCAAAUGCAUUACCUCAACCCCCAAAAUGUUGACACAGAUGAAAGGUCAUGUCGGAUUGAGCAGUUUUUAUGUUUGAGAUUGAACGGCUACACACACACACACACACAGGUAUACUUCAGCCUCAGCCGACUGCUCAUAUUAAGUCAGCACUUGCGACCGUCGUAUUCCUGUGUUUCUUAUUCUGCUAAGAAAUGCUAGAAGAAACACACAGAAGUGCACAGAAAUGGCAGUAACUGCUGCUGCUGCCUCCUCUUUAAAUAGUCAGUGACUGGUUUCAUUGGGAAAAGUAGGGAUGAGGGUCCAGGUACUUGACAGGGAAACGGCUCGUUUUCCCUAUUUUGUUUUUAUCUUUUUUAAAUGAAAAUCAGUUGGCUGUCAAGUACACGGACAGAUGAGCCGAUAACUUUCAUUGGUAUUGAUCCAAAAGUCAUCGGUUUGGAUAUCAAAGAAAGAGAAAGUAAACUCGGAUAUUAUCCAAAGAGCCUAAAUUUCGCGUAAAAGCUUCAAGCACAAGUGUAUUUGUUCUUUAUAGGAGCGGAAUAUUUGUUAUAGAGUUGGAACGUUAUGUUUUGAAUUGGCUGGUUAUUAUGGCUUAGUGAUAAAUGCGUAUCACCAAGUAGAUACUCGAGGCUGCGGCAUGAAAGAGUUUGUAUCGAGCCAAGUUAUAUCGUUAUUACGCCUUUUCCUGUGGAAGUUAAAUACUACAGCACCACUCCUGAAAAUACUCCACUACUCUUCACUAUCACUUCUCUCAGCUGUGCCGUCAGGCUUUUGUAUCUCAGAGACUCGUCAAUUCAUAGCUUUAGUGACACAGACUGUGAAUCUUUAUCAAUGCUGCUGCGACGAGCCAGCGGCGACGCUGAGACAUCGCAGGUAUGCACCUCUUCUAAUGUAUGAAUCACUGCUCGUGAACAGUAUAAUGACUCGGACUAUAAUUGCGCUACAGCGCACAUUGUGAAGAGAUUCUGUUCUGUUAAGUUGCCGUAAUCCUACGAUAAGUGUUUGUUUGGGGGGAGGGGGGGACGUCAGAUCAAAGUUUCCUCCUCCUCCUCCAUCUAUGUGACUUUAAAUCCUUCACGUUUUAAAUGCCAGUGGGUUUUAAUGGCAACAUGAUAAAUGCUGUUUAUUUUGGUUUUCAGUCGUGAUCACACACGAUGUGCGAUAAUCACAGUGGAAUCACAGUUCCCAGUUUCUCAUUGUCUCAGGUUUGUGUCCAUGGAGACAUUUUACCGUCAUUGCUUUAAUCACAGGGAAAUUAUUCUUCUUUUUUUUUUUUUUACCUCGUCUUGUUGCGCAACACUAUUUUAUUAUGGUUUGGUUCGUUUGCAGAUGCCAUUUGACACUCACUGGUGACCCAAUGCCCGGUUGAAUCUAAUGCAAUUAAAUACAGCAGCUCAAGAGGAUCAAGAGAAAAAAGUACAACUGAAGUUGAUUAUGUAGAGGUUUCUAAUUUACAAACAAGGCGGCAGUGGUGCAACACUACAGAGGCCAACUGCCGCAAAACACUACCACAAACACAUGGAAGUUGUCCACCAGUAAAUUAAAAUGUUGACAACAAAAUGAUUAGUUUCUUCUGACAAGGUAGAAUUCAUGGCUGAGCUGUUGUAUUGAAUUUCAGUGGAUUUUAACACGGACAAUUCUUAAGAGUGAUGUGAUGAACCUGUGUAAAUGAAAAAUCUGUGUUAAUAAAAUAUGCCCGAAAUGUGGUUUACAAAUAAAGUGAGCAGGAUCAGCCUCCGAUGAACGGAAGCUGCUCGAUUAUGGAAUAAAAUAAAAAUUGUAAAUUUGAAAUUA